GUGGCUGGAGGUCAGGUUCUAAAAAUGUGACUGAAGCAUGGGGAAAGGCGAGACAAACGGGUCGUUUCACGGAUGUCUCCUUCAUUAUUGGAUGUGAAGAUGUGAAGCAGAUUUUCCACGCUCACAAAUGUGUGCUGGCCUUUGGCAGUCCCGUCUUCGAAGCUAUGUUCUAUGGACCAAUGCAAGAGAAAAAUAAUCCAAUUACAAUUGUUGGUAUGAAUCCUGCAGCCUUCGAAAAUCUUCUAAGAUGUCUUUAUGCGGAAACCAUCCAUCUGGAAGAUGAAUCAUGUGCUUUUGAUACAUAUGAAGCAGCAGAAAGAUACGAUGUACCACAGCUUGGAAUAGAAUGUGAAGAAUACAUAUCCAGAGUAGUGAAUUAUAAAACAGUGUGGACAAUUCUGACAAAAGCACUUUUUUUUAAUAUGUACAAAGCAAAAGAUGCAAGUUUGAAUUUUAUUUCUAAAAAUGCUCAAAAACUGCUACUGUCGAAAGAAUUUAAGAAUGUAACUCUAGAAGCAGUACAGAAGAUUUUGCAGUGCAGAAGGUUGGAGAUUUCAGAGUAUAAACUACUACAUGCACUUACGGAAUGGGCUAUAGCUAAUAAGGAAAAUGGGUCUUUGAAGGAGCUUCUGAAAGAGAUACAUUUUGAUAAAAUUAGUGCGGGAGAUUUUUGCAAGUUUACUGAAGAUUAUCCUGAUGUGUUCUCCACGACCGAUGCUCUAGCACUUAUGAAACACAUACAGAAUCCUAUUUACAAAAAGCCUGACUGGUGUUCGAGCAUAUUCAUUCGUGAGGCUACAGAAGAAAUUAUUUUUGACGUACAUGAGAGUAAUGCUGGUAUAAGUGUUUUUCAAGGGUCUAAUACUGUACGUUCUGGGAUACGUUCUGCUUUGAAUAUCGUUACACUUGCUCCAGCAUUUUAUUCUAGAAGUGGUUUUCAAGGGUAUAAUACUGGACGUAUGGAAUACAUUCGGCUUUGAAUAUUACUACACUUGCUCCUGAAUGUAUUGCUACACGUGCUCCUCAGGGUAAUCCUGCUCAUUAUCGAAAUCACUCAUCCAUGCCCGUACAUCCCGCGACCUCUGUGGACCUACAGCUGCUCCUGAAUAUAUUGCUGCACGUGCUCCUCAUGGUAAUCCUGUUCAUUAUCGAAAUCAUCGUUUCCAUUAUAAAUUAUGCAUUCAGAAUAAAGGUUUACUUGUAGCCAAACGGAUUUGUUAGAAUAAUUAAUCUUUAAUGAGCCUUUAAGUGAGUGAAAACAAAUCUAUUAGAGUUCAUGUAAACGCAGAUAGCAGUUUUAGUGAAAAAGGGAUUAGAUGUUAUUUACAAUAAAACCAUGAAAUUGUUGGAAAAAUACACAUCUAACAUAUUGGGUGAUACAGCUAUUCUGUAGAUUUCCCGAAAUUUUUAAAUUUCGUCAAAAGGUUCGCCAUAGAUGAUAAAAUUAAUCAGUAAGCUCGACAAUGGUGAGCAAAACUUCGUUUUUAACAAUUGACUUUCUGAUCUAUACAAUGUGAACAUCUGUUUUCUUUUAUGUAUUUCCAGAUCUGCAUACAUUUUUUUGAGAAAAACUGAGUGUUCCAGCUUAAAAGAGCUUUCUUUUAAGUGCAAUAGAAAUAUAGACUUCCAGUUGAUUUGGAAUAACUUCACAGCCCAUUAUCAAAAUGACACUAUGAUUUCUUUACGAUUGCAAUGCGAAUAUUCUCCGCUGUUCAGGCUUCUUGUGAGUGCAUGGCCUGAGUGUUCAUUAACGCAAUAUUGC